UGUUUUUUGCUUUGCCGCUGAGAUUCUAAUGCAACGGAGCCCAAUCAAGCUCAGAUUAUGCCAUCUCCCAACUCAUCCUUCCAGAGCACGCGGACCUGAGGACCACAUAAACGGCAUGGGCACAACGCCGCAUCGUUCAUACCGAAACCUCUUCUUGUAGACAGGAAUUGUAUUUUCUUCAGUCACUUCAGAUGGCAGAUCUUGAGCAAGGAGGAGCAGCCUCUCCCCGAGCCCAGCAGCUCUUCUGAACGCGAGGGAUCUGAGAAAGCGCAGGUGUGCCCGGGGUGCUUCCAGCUGCACUUGUGCUUAUUCUUAAGUAUCAGGAUUACCAGCAGAUGUAAACUGAAGGACACUUCUGAUAGGUACCGGUGAGGAAGAAGGGAGCUAGCGCGCAAGGCUCAACAUAUCACUGGAUUCUACAUUUAUACCUCAAGAAAAAUGUCAUCUCAGACGAAGAUCAAGAAGGACAAGGAGAUCAUUGCGGAGUAUGAAACGCAAGUGAAAGAGAUCCGUAAUCAGUUGGUGGAGCAGUUCAAGUGCCUGGAGCAGCAAUCAGAGGCUCGGAUCCAGCUGUUGCAGGACCUGCAGGAGUUUUUUCGGCGCAAAGCCGAGAUUCAACUGGAGUAUUCUCGCAGUCUGGAGAAACUGGCUGAAAGGUUCUCAUCAAAGAUUCGCGGGCCAAGGAAAGAACAACACCUUCUCUCUUCAGUAAACUGCUGGUAUCUGGUUUUGAACCAGACACGAAGAGAAAGCAGAGAUCAUGCCACACUUAACGACAUCUACAUUAAUAAUGUCAUUGUUCGCCUGGCUCAGAUCAGCGAGGAUGUCAUCCGGCUCUUCAAAAAGAGUAAAGAAAUUGGCAUUCAGAUGCAUGAGGAGCUGGUGAAAGUGACAAACGAGCUGUAUACUGUGAUGAAGACGUAUCACAUGUACCACACGGAGAGCAUCAGUGCAGAAAGCAAACUGAAGGAGGCCGAGAAACAAGAAGAGAAGCAGUUUAGCAAAUCUGGAGACCUCAAUGUCAACCUCCUGCGCCACGAGGACAGACCCCAGCGCCGCAGCUCGGUCAGGAAGAUUGAGAAGAUGAAGGAGAAGAGGCAAGCCAAGUACUCCGAGAACAAACUGAAAUGCACAAAAGCCCGCAAUGACUAUUUAUUGAAUCUGGCAGCCACCAACGCUGUCGUGGCGAAAUAUUACAUCCACGAUGUUUCGGAUAUGAUUGAUUGCUGUGACCUCGGGUAUCAUGCUAGCUUGGCACGCACAUUAAGGACAUAUCUGUCUGCGGAGUACAACCUGGAGACCUCUCGCCAUGAGGGACUGGAUAUCAUUGAGAACGCUGUGGACAACCUGGACCCUCGUAGCGACAAGCACAAGAUCAUGGACAUGUACAAUCAGGUCUUUUGCCCACCCAUGCGCUUUGAGUUUCUGCCGCACAUGGGAGAUGAGGUGUGCCAGGUGAGUGCCCAGCAGCCAGUCCAGACUGAACUUCUGAUGCGUUACCACCAGCUGCAGUCCCGCUUGGCCACGCUCAAGAUUGAGAAUGAGGAGGUGCGCAAGACCCUGGAUGCCACCAUGCAGACCUUACAAGACAUGCUGACAGUGGAGGACUUUGAUGUUUCAGAUGCCUUCCAGCACAGCCGAUCCACGGAGUCCAUCAAAUCAGUGGCUUCUGAGAAUUACAUGAGCAAAUUAAACAUUGCUAAGAGACGAGCCAAUCAGCAGGAGACGGAAGUCUUCUACUUCACUAAAUUCAAGGAGUACCUGAACGGCAGUAACCUCAUCAUUAAGCUGCAGGCCAAGCAUGACCUGCUGAAACAGACUCUGGGGGAAGGAGAAAGAGCUGAUUGUGGAACUACAAGACCCCCAACCCUUCCCCCGAAACCACAGAAAUUGCGGAAACCAAGGCCUCGUUCCAUCUAUAACCAUAAGCUGUUUAAUGGCAAUAUGGAGAGUUUCAUUAAGGACUCAGGUCAACCCAUUCCUCUGGUGGUGGAGAGCUGUAUUCGAUACAUUAAUCUAUAUGGGCUGCAGCAACAAGGCAUAUUCCGAGUUCCUGGAUCUCAGGUGGAAGUCAACGAUAUUAAAAAUUCAUUUGAAAGAGGUGAGGACCCACUGGUUGAUGAUCAGAGCGAUCAUGACAUCAACUCUGUGGCUGGUGUUCUCAAGCUGUAUUUCAGAGGGCUGGAGAACCCUCUUUUCCCCAAGGAGCGCUUCCUGGAUUUGAUCUCCACCAUCAAGCUUGAAUCAUCUGCGGAAAGAGCCCACCACAUCCAGCAGAUCAUCGUCACCCUUCCUCGUACCAUCAUCAUUGUCAUGCGAUACCUGUUUGCUUUUCUAAAUCAUCUGUCCCAGUACAGUGAUGAGAACAUGAUGGACUCAUAUAACCUUGCCAUCUGUUUUGGACCCACUCUGAUGCCCAUCCCGGAUGGUCAGGACCCUGUGGCCUGUCAGGCUCAUGUAAAUGAGGUCAUCAAGACCAUCAUCGUCCACCACGAGGUCAUCUUCCCCAGCCCACGUGAGCUAGAUGGCCCUGUCUAUGAGAAAUGUAUGACUGGAGGAGAGGAGUACUGUGACAGUCCUCACAGUGAACCAGGCACCAUUGAUGAAGUGGACAACUGCACCGAACCACACACGAGCGAUGAUGGUACAGACAUUUAUGCAUUCAUUCAGUGCUUUUUGCAUGCUCUGGAUGAUGCGUUCUCUGAUAGUCUGAGUCAGAAGGCUGACAGCGAGGCCAGCAGUGGACCUUUACUGGACGAUAAAGCCUCAUCCAAAAAUGAUCUGCAGUCCCCGUGUGAACCUUCGCCUGAUUACAACUUCGGCGGGGUCAUGGGCCGGGAUGAUGCGUUCUCUGAUAGUCUGAGUCAGAAGGCUGACAGCGAGGCCAGCAGUGGACCUUUACUGGACGAUAAAGCCUCAUCCAAAAACGAUCUGCAGUCCCCGUGUGAACCUUCGCCUGAUUACAACUUCGGCGGGGUCAUGGGCCGGGUUAGGUUGCGUUCGGAUGGGUCUGCCAUUCCUCGGCGCCGCAGUGGCACCGACUCUCACAGUCCUCCCCGAGACACACCGCCGCGGGCCACCGCCUACGCCAGCAGCCCCCACAAGGUGGCGGUCAGUAGAGGCCACAUAGAGAGUCCUGAGAAGAGACGUUUGGGAACCUUUGGCAGUGCAGGCAGCAUUAACUACCCUGAGAGAAAGGUCUAUCCUGAGGGUCACCCGCUCAGGCCUUUGCCAGGAGCAACAAGACACAGCAGCCUAGGAGACCACAAGUCUUUGGAGGCUGAGGCUUUAGCAGAGGAUAUUGAGAAGACAAUGAACACCGCACUUCAUGAGCUCCGUGAAUUGGAACGCCAAAACACAGCCAAACAAGCUCCCGACGUUGUUCUGGAUACGUUAGAACCGCUCAAGAACCCUAUGAGCUCAGAGCCAGCGAGCCCCUUACACACCAUCAUAAUCCGAGACCCGGACGCGGCCCUGAGACGCAGCAGCAGCUCCACUACGGAGAUGAUGACCACCUUUAAACCGGCGCUGUCCGCCAGAUUGGCCGGAGCCCAGCUCAGACCUCCACCUAUGAGACCCAUGCGACCACCGCCCACGCAGCACCGCUCCAGCAGCUCCAGCUCCUCUGGGGUGGGAAGCCCUGCCGUGACCCCCACAGAGAAGAUCUUUUCAAACAACGCGAGCAACGCUGCAGCUUCCUCCACCAACUCUGGCGAGAACCCCGGGACCAUGUAGCAGCAGCAGCAGCAGGCCCGUGGUGCGCUGGUGAGGGCUAGAUGCUCAUUCCAGGAAGGAAGUUCAGGAGUGCUAUUUCGUUUCUGAAUUGAUUUUUUGAUACUUUGAGAGUUCUAGAAAUGCAGCUGAGCUGUGGCCUAGUGGUUUGACGUGUUGAGCCUGGUUGUGGAUGAUGUGAAUCGAGUCUGGCUCAGGUGAUUUUCCCAUUCCAUUCCGUUGUUCUCAUCAUUUCCUGCCCUCUCUGUGAAAAAAAAUAAAUAAAAAUACAAGGGAUAAAAGACAAUUCCAGGGAAAAUUUCAUGCUAUGAUAAAAAGAAGGUUGAAAAAAAAGAUAAAUUCCUCUUUUUAUUAUUAUUUUUACCUCAGAAUUACU